ACCGUGGUUUUGUUUGUGCCUUUUCAGCCUCAAGCAAAUUCCAUAUUCGACUAUAAGCUACUCAUCUACUGUUUACCUCCCUAGACCGAUAGAUUCGAACAAUGGUUCGAGCAUCCACUGCCCAACCUGCUGCACCUUCGCGCACCAACAGUCCCGUUCCCGAUGAAAUAGACGAGAACCCGUUCUUUGAUAACGUUGACGAGUUGCAGCAACAUGGAAUUAACAUGCAAGAUAUCCUGAAGCUGAAAGCUGCAGCAAUCAACACUGUCUCGGGUGUGAAUAUGACAACCAGACGUCAAAUGCUUAAGAUCAAGGGGAUGUCUGAAGCCAAGGUCGAGAAAAUCAAGGAAGCCGCCCACAAGAUUCUGGGUUCAUCGUUUGCGACCGGGUUGGAAGUUCAAGAGAAGCGCAAGCGAGUGCUUUUCAUCAGUACCGGCAGCAAGAAUGUGGAUACUAUUCUCGGAGGUGGUCUAUCCUCACAGUCUAUUACGGAAGUUUAUGGCGAAUAUCGCACUGGCAAGACUCAGAUGGCGCAUACAAUGAGUGUCAUCACUCAGUUGCCUGCAGAUAUGGGCGGAGCAGCUGGAAAGGUUGCCUUUAUUGAUACUGAGGGGACGUUUCGACCCGAUCGUAUUAGAGCUAUUGCCGAUCGCUUCGGCGUAAAUGGUGAUAUGGCGUUGGAGAACAUACUUUAUGCUCGCGCAUUCAAUAGUGAACAUCAGAUGGAACUCAUCAAUGAAUGUUCCAUGCGUUUUGCCGAAGACAAAGACUUUCGACUGCUGAUUGUGGAUAGUAUUAUGGCUUUGUUUCGUACUGACUUUUCGGGCAGAGGGGAACUCAGUGAGCGACAGCAGAAGCUAGCUCAGAUGCUGUCGAAGCUCAGCAAGUUAUCUGAAGAAUAUAACAUUGCUAUCUUGAUCACUAAUCAGGUCCAGUCCGAUCCCGGAGCAACAAUGACCUUUGUCGCAGGUGGAGCUCUCAAGCCUAUUGGCGGGCAUAUUCUCUCUCAUGCUUCAGCUACACGGAUGUUCCUUAGGAAAGGUCGUGCAGAAGAAAGAGUUGCAAAGCUUGUGGAUAGUCCUGAUCGGCCGGAAAGCGAAGCUUCUUAUAAAUUGGACGAAGGUGGCUGGGCAGAUGUUUGACCCCCGUUCCUAUGCUGGAUAUUGCGACUGUUCCUCUCUGAACUUACGCUUUUGUUGUUGUUGUUUUGCCUUCCCUCUGGAGAUGCUCAGAUUUCUCAGAUCCAUACAUGUAUUUCGACGUCGACGGCGGUCCUCUCUAACAGUAUUAUAGGCCCUUGUUACAUCCAUGCAUAUUGAACGCGACCCGGUACAGGCGAUGGGAGAUGUUGAGAGUGACGACAGUGCGGGGCGAGCGCCGUCAGUGCCUGGUAAGCACCAUCGCCGACUCACCACACUCUACAGGAACCGUCACCCUGCCUCUCGUCCAUUCGCUACAUAGCUGCUUUCAACUUCGUCGCUACGUAUCGACUCUUCUCGACGCGCUGAAGACACGUCAACUACCUGCGCUGGCUGCGUGUCAUCGCUUGGUGGCCUCGCCGCUGUCUGUUCUCUACUUGAUGCUGACAGCUGUUACAAUUGUGAUACUUGGCCUCUACUGUGUUUGCUUCUCAAUAGGUAGUAUUCUUCCGGCCCCCUUUGGCCCCUGGUGCAUUUUCACGCGUU